AUAUUACGAAAUGGCUCCGAGAUAAAGUAUUAUUCAUAAGAUUAGAUAAACAGAUGAAACUAUUCACAAAGAUACUGUUUCGAAUAGAUCAUCAAACACUAAAAAUGAAGUUGGUUCUACUUUUCUCUCUCUUCCUGGUGAUUCAGGCAGCACCGAAUCAGAAAACGUGUGGGACCAGCGAAGAUUGCGACGAAGACGAAUGCUGCGUUGGUAAAAAUCCAUUUCGUGCAGGAAGCUGUGAGCCUUUAGCGGGUUUAAAUGAAUUCUGUGUUCCCGAAUUAAUGAUGGAAUUGUUAGGUAAAGACUAUAACCAUGGAAGUUGUCCUUGCUCAAAGGGGUUGAAAUGCGAGCCAGAACAAGUUAUAACUGAAGAGGGUGAAAUACAUUUCAAAAAUCCUAAAUGUAAGCAAACCAGCUCGGAUUAAAUUUAACUUCUUCUAUUAAAAGAAAAAUAAAUGUACACUGAUUA